AUGUCUGGGAUCUCCCCGGAUGUCAUCAGCCACAAGCUCAGCAUCUCCCAUUCUUUCAAGCCGGUCCGACAGAAGAGACGAUCCUAUGACGCCGAACGAUACGAGGCCAUGAAGACCGAAGUAGACAAGCUUCAAGCAAUCGGCUUCAUCUGCGAAGUCACCUACCCCAUUUGGCUCGCCAAUUCAGUCUUUUUGAAGAAAUCUGGAGGCGCUUGGCGAAUGUGCCAGGAUUACACCAAUUUGAAUAAAGCAUGUCCGAAGGAUAGCUUUCCACUACCAAGAAUUGACCAACUGGUGGACGUCACGGCUGGCCAUGAGCUCCUCAGCUUCAUGGACGCCUACUCCGGCUACAACCAGAUUUUCAUGCAUCCUACAGAUCGUGAGCAUACAGCAUUCAUUACCGACAGAGGGCUUUAUUGCUACAAUGUCAUGCCGUUCGGCCUAACGAAUGCUGGAGCUACAUACCAGCGAUUGGUCAACAAAAUCUUUGCCGAACUCAUUGGCACUUCAAUGGAAGUCUACGUAGACGAUAUGCUAGUCAAAAGUCGGACCGCCGACGAUCAUCUUCGAAACCUCUCACUCAUGUUCGGCAAGCUGAAAAAAUACAACAUGCGCCUGAACCCGAGCAAGUGCGCCUUCGGCGUCUCUUUCGGCAAAUUCCUGGGCUUCAUGAUCAGCCAAAGUGGGAUUGAAGCCAACCCCAAGAAGAUCUGA